GAUAGUCCUCGUGCGUUGAGUGUGCUUUUAGUCGGACCGAUGCUUCUGUUUACAAAUCUUGUCAUCAUGUGACGUCAUCUACACGCUCCACGCGGGAGUCUCGGUUCAGUGUGAAGUGUGCUGUUUUCUUUUAGAAAGUGAGGUGAGAUGUUGAGCUCCAAGCUUCUCACUCUGGUGCUGGUGGUCCAGCCGGGUAGAGUGCUUCUGGGCAUGAAGAAGAGGGGCUUUGGGGCUGGAAAAUGGAACGGAUUCGGGGGCAAAGUUCAACCUGGAGAAACCAUCGAGGAUGCAGCUAAAAGAGAGCUUCAGGAAGAAAGUGGCCUCACAGUGGACGUGCUGGACAAAAUUGGAAAUAUCAAAUUUGAAUUUGUUGGAGAAACACACCUGCUUGAUGUCCACAUCUUCAGAGCUGAUAGUUAUAAAGGUGAACCAACGGAAUCUGAUGGUAAGACUUUCUAUAAGUAUUUGAUUCCUUAAAAAAAGUAGAAGUGC